GGAGCGCGGCGGCGGCGGCGGUGGUGGCGGCGGCUGGGCCAGGAGAGGCUGGCGCGCCGGGCGGCUCUGCGAAUCCUCCGGCAUCCGCCCAGGCGGGCCGCCCCCGCCCGCGGCAGCUCCCCGAGCAGCGGCCCGGCACCGGCGCCUUCCCGGCGGGCAAGAGUGAACCAUGGAGCUACGUGUGGGGAACAAGUACCGCCUGGGCCGGAAGAUCGGGAGCGGGUCCUUCGGAGAUAUCUACCUAGGUGCCAACAUCGCCUCUGGUGAAGAAGUUGCCAUCAAGCUUGAGUGUGUGAAAACGAAGCACCCCCAGCUGCACAUCGAGAGCAAGUUCUACAAGAUGAUGCAGGGGGGAGUGGGAAUCCCGUCCAUCAAGUGGUGCGGAGCCGAGGGUGACUACAACGUGAUGGUCAUGGAGCUGCUGGGGCCCAGCCUCGAGGACCUCUUCAACUUCUGCUCCCGCAAGUUCAGCCUCAAGACGGUGCUGCUCCUGGCCGACCAGAUGAUCAGCCGCAUUGAGUACAUCCACUCCAAGAACUUCAUACACCGGGACGUCAAGCCCGACAACUUCCUCAUGGGGCUGGGGAAGAAGGGCAACCUGGUGUACAUCAUUGACUUCGGCCUGGCCAAGAAGUACCGGGACGCCCGCACCCACCAGCACAUCCCCUACCGGGAAAACAAGAACCUGACUGGCACUGCCCGCUACGCCUCCAUCAACACUCACCUGGGCAUCGAGCAAAGCCGUCGAGAUGACCUGGAGAGUCUGGGCUACGUGCUCAUGUACUUCAACCUGGGCUCCCUGCCCUGGCAGGGCCUCAAAGCGGCCACCAAGCGCCAGAAGUACGAGCGGAUCAGCGAGAAGAAGAUGUCGACGCCCAUUGAGGUCCUCUGCAAAGGCUACCCCUCUGAGUUCUCAACAUACCUCAACUUCUGCCGUUCGCUGCGGUUCGACGACAAGCCCGACUACUCCUACCUGCGCCAGCUCUUCCGCAACCUCUUCCACCGUCAGGGCUUCUCCUAUGACUAUGUCUUCGACUGGAACAUGCUCAAAUUCGGGGCUUCCUCGAGCCAGGCUCAGCCCCGUGACAGCGACGCUAUUGCACUGCCCAGGCCCCGCCCCUGUGCCUGUGCCAGGUCCAUGUACCCACCCACGUACUGGUGCCCGGCACCCCUGGGCACCCACGACCCUCCAGAUAGGCCCAUGGAGGAGAUGGAGGAGCUGUUCCCCCAAAACCACUGGCCUGUGGUCUGGACCUCAGGGCCCCAGUUCUGACAUCCCCAGGUGUGCCUGAGCCCAUCGGGGCCAGGCCCAAGAAGACAUCCCUUGGCAUGGUGGGAGUACAGUGGAGAGGCACGACGGAGAAGGCCCUGCUGCGAGAUUCUUGGGAACAGUUCGGCUGUCCGAUGAACAGAGCCUGAAGGAGGGACGAUGUUCACUGCCCUGGAGGGGCCUGGUGGCAAUGGGCACCAGGAGCAGCCUCAGCCAGACCCUGUCGGUGGCCUCUGUAUUGAACCUGAACUCAUUAAACGCCCCUACCUGUACUGCGUUUCAUCGUGGCGUGCCUCUUGGUGGCUGCCCUCGGCCCGCUCCACCAGAUGCUCAGGACUGAGGCCUUGUUCUCCAGGAUGCGAGGAUCGGCACUUGGCCUUGUGCCCCUCCUCUCUCUGGCUCUCAGACAGCGGCCUGGUACUGUUCUCUAAGGAGUGGGGCAGAGGAUGGGGGUCCCACAGGCCGAAGGGCCCCAGGGGUGAGAGAUGAGCAGUGGGGCACCUUUCACCCCAGACCUUCUGGCUGGGGGCGCAGCUAGGGGCCCGGGGCCAGCUCUUCUUGCCCCAGG